AUGACAUCGCCAGAGGAAUUGCUCGACAGCCUUCAGCGUAUUGUUGGCUUGGACGGCAAGAACGCUAAGGACUUGUCCACAAAACCCGAGCGCGUGCAAGAUCUCCUUAGCUUCUUCAAUAAUCAGAAAAUGACACCGGAGUCACCACGCGAGCAGAAGGUGAUGCUCUACAACCUAUGGGCCAAGGUCAAGCUCCCCCAGCACCGUGAUACCGUUGCCACCUAUGUGAAGACUAACAAGCUGGACUCCACACAGAAGGUGGACGCAGCAGUGCGGUUCGUGAACAACAUGAAGGAGUCUGACGCGUUCGAUGCUGCCAAGUUCGAGAAGGACUGUGGCAUUGGAGUCGUCGUCUCGCGUGAGGAGACAGUGGGGCUCGUGAAGUCGGCGCUGGCGGAAGAGAAUCUACAGACACUCAAGGCGUCGUGGGUAAAAAACCCCAACAUGCUGCUCGGCAAGAUGAAGCGCGUGCCAGGGCUGCAGUGGGCUGACUUUACGAUUGUAAAGGAAGUCAUUGAGGAGGUGGUACCUCCUAUGAUUAAGGACGUCGUCCUAGAGGAGACUGAGAAGAAGCCGAAGCACAAGGACCCUGUUGUGCAGUCCUCGGCUGCUGCAGGGGUGGCUCAAAAGUGCCCGCGCAAGGAAGACUGGAGGUGUGUUGCUGCUGGGCAUAAGCUUAGUCGUAUUGGCGAUAUUCCGUCCUGCAAGGAGGGGGCAACGGUGUUUGUGGUUGGAUGGGCACAUCGAGUCCGCCACCAAUCUCGAAUUUCAUUUGUGGUGCUGCGUGACGGCUCUGGUUUUAUUCAGGCUGUAUUCAGUGGAGAGACCGAGCCAUUCCACCGCGAGACGUCUCUGGCGAUUCGCGGAACAGUGAAAUACGAGCCCAAGGCAGUUGCGGAGCUGCAGCCGCCGUACGAACUGCAAGUGGAGGAGUACGCCAUCAUUGGAAACUCUGAUGGUAGCAUUGAGAAUGUCAUCACUGCUGAAAGUUCGCCAGACAAGUUGCUCGAUGAUCGCCAUCUUGUGCUUCGUGGAACAUACGGAUCUACAACGGUGAAAGUUCGCCACGAGAUUCUUCGCGCGUUCCGUGAGUACUUCUGGUCUCUGGAUAUGUGCGAGGUGACUCCGCCAACGCUGGUUAACACGCAGUGCGAGGGUGGUUCCACUCUCUUUGAUCUGAUGUACUACGGGAAGAGCGCAUACCUCACGCAGUCCUCGCAGCUGUACCUCGAGACAUGCACCGCCGCUGUGGGUGAUGUGUACUGCAUUCUCCCCAGCUACCGCGCGGAGAAGUCCAAGACGAGGCGGCACCUCAGCGAGUUUACACACCUCGAGGCGGAGUACGCGGUGUGCGACUUCGAGGAGUUCCUCUCGCGCCUGGAGGACCUCAUCGUAGCUACGUUCAACAAGACAAUUGAACGUGUCGGCCACCUUGUUGCGUUCAUGAACCCUGACCAGCUGGUGGAUGCGAAGGCUGACCCACGCGACCCCAAGAGUUGGAAGAUCGCACCUAAAAAGCCCUUCCGCCGCCUCAAGUACACUGAUGCAAUUAAGUUCUGUAACGAUAAUGGUAUUCUCAACCCUGAGACGAACGCACCGUUUCAAGUUGGCGAAGACAUCACCGACCAGCCGGAGCGUGCGAUGGUGGGGAUGAUAGGCGAGAUGGUGUUCAUGACACACUUCCCAGCGGUAAUGAAGUCCUUCUACAUGGCACGUGACCCACACGACCCAACGCUGACGGAAUCUGUCGACGUACUGGCGCCCGGCGUUGGCGAGAUUGUGGGCGGCUCCAUGCGUAUGUGGGAUUACAACGAGCUGAUGGAGGCAUAUAAGCGCGAGAGCCUCGACCCGAGCACCUACUACUGGUACACGGACCAGCGCAAGUAUGGUUCGACUCCGCAUGGCGGCUUCGGGCUGGGCGUGGAGCGGUUGCUGGUGUGGAUGCUGAACCUCGACUCCGUGCGGGAGGCCUGCCUCUACCCACGCUACAUGGGCCGGUGUGAACCGUAG